CCUCCCGAUUCUUUGGACACCGGACCGCACACGUCACUUCAAGCUAGUCUUCUGUUCUUGAUACCAUAUCAAGAACAUGAGCUUCUCACGACCCCGUAUAUACGUGCUCCUUCAGAAUCAUAGCGCUACGAUGGCUUGCCUCACUGAUAGUAGGGAUGGGGAAUCCACCAAAAUGACCAAGUGUCCAAACUCUCGUUCGACGGUUCACUCCCGCAUCCAAUACGCCAACCAACACGUUCAUUGCACAGAGAAAUUCAAUCGGUACUUGUUAACCCGAGCAGCGAAGUUUGUGCCAUCGAGAAGAUCGUGUGAUUGCACGAAUCGGGAACUCUAACUCAAACACCCACUCCCGCCAUGCACGAGCCCGGUGGGACAUCA